AUGGCGUCGAAAGCAGAGGGACCUCACUGGAACCUUUCUGUCACCAUACUACGAGGAGAGUUUCAGCAUUCAUAUGACCUCUUUUCACUGCCUGACCUUUAUGUGACAUUACACCUACCCACCGCCUCAGCUUGUAUUUUGAGAACUAGGACAAUCAAAAAUUGCAAGACACCUGAGUGGACUGAAACCUUCUGCUUCCGUGCUUAUAGCCAGGUCAAGAAUAUUCUGGAGCUGAAUUUGUAUGAUGAAGAUCUUAUCAAGGAUGAACUAUGCACCAGUAUCCUGUUUGACAUCAGUGCCCUCAAAUUGGGUCAGAAAGAAAAAAAGAUGUUUAUCACAGAUGAUAAGUUGAAGGAUGAGUUGUGGGUGGAAUUUGAGCUCACAGAGAGUGCUGAUGCACCUGGUCAGUACCACUCUAAUAGGGUUCUGGUGGCUGCCCCAUUUUCUACUCUGGAGGUGAAGUUGGACAAACUGCCAAAAGACAUUAAUAAUGACUUGCACUUAAAUGUACGGGGAGCAUAUAAUGAAAAGCAAGUGAUCUCAAUGUCCAGCAAGAACAGCACCCUCAUGCAGACUCUUCGUUACUACAUCAACAAAAACCUGGAGACUGAGAUUGGACUACAAAUGUUGAAAGAUGAUACAACCUCCAGCUCUGCAGUAGUUCCUGUAACCCCUUUUGUUGCCACCAGUAAAUUUACACUCUCUCUUCCUUUGGCAAAGGAAAAAGUAGAAUUGCAUUUAACCAGAGUAGAAAGCUCUGGGGAGGACAUGAAGGUGCGUCUGGAUUUUGAUAUACCUGCAGAGGAAAAGGUGUUUCUGGUGAAGAGGAAAGAGGUGGUCUCUCGUGCGCUGCAGAAAAUUCUUAACCUUCAGGUUCCAUUGGAUCCCACUCAGGUACUGAACGUGGCUGUGGUGUGUUCAGGAGGCGGCUCGAGGGCCAUGACAGGGACAUACGGCUCUCUGAAAGGACUGCAGAGCCUCGGCCUGUUGGAUGUCAUCACUUACAUGACCUCUGUGUCUGGCUCCACGUGGACCACUGCCAAUCUCUACACUAACCCAUUUUGGUCAAAGGAAAAUCUGGAUGAAGCGAUAGGAUCUGUUCAGAGGGAGUUGUCUAAGAGCCCAGCCAGUCUCUUUUCUCGUAUGCAACUACAUUAUUAUCGCUCUGAGCUGCAGAACAGAGAGAAAGAGGGCUACUCAGUCUCAUUCAUCGAUACCUGGGGUCUCAUUAUAGAACAGCUUGUCUUUGGAAAGAAACAAACAGAUAUACUGUCUGACCAGAAGAAGGUGGUCUCUGAGGGCCAGAACCCACUCCCAAUCUACACAGCAGUGAACAUAAAGAAGGGAAUAAAUGGCUCAACAGUCCCCGAGUGGUGUGAGUUUACCCCAUUUGAGGUGGGAUUCUGCAAGUAUGGAGCCUUUGUCCCUGUGGAAAAUUUUGGGAGUGAGUUCUACCUCGGUCAUGUGGUUAAGAAGCUGCCAGAAACACGCAUUUCCUUCCUCUUGGGCAUAUGGAGCAGUGUUUUCUCUACUAAUCUGAUGCACUUGUGGAGGACUUUUACUGGCGUGACACCAUCCCACACAGGAGAAAAGGUAGACAAGAUUGAGAAAGAUGAAGGGUGUCCAGCACUAGAUACAUUACGGGUCGAUUCAGUGGAUUCAGCAUUGAGCAACUUCCUAAAUGGCCGCCCCCUUAUCAGUAGUGUGUUCAACUUCCUUAGAGGAUUUUUCCUACACAACUUGUACACCAAAAGCCCAAAUUUCAACAUCUCAAACGACUCAAACCCUGAUGCCUUUCCAAACAAACUGACUCCAAUGGACUCAACUCUUAGCUUGGUGGAUUCUGCAUUUGCCAUUAACAUAGCUUUCCCUCCUGUGCUGCGACCCCAGAGAUGUGCCGAUAUCAUUCUGUCUUUCAGCUACUCCUGGGAUGAGGACCCUUUACAGGUCGUGAAGAAAACUCAGCAAUACUGCAUUGAUCAUCAGGUACCAUUCCCAAAGAUAGAUUUCAGCAAGUAUACAUCUCAGCACAAAGAGGAAGUGUAUGUGUUUAUGGAUGAGAAAAAUCCUGAUGCUCCCAUAGUGCUCCACUUUCCGCUGGUCAAUGUCUCAUUUAAGGACUACAAAGCACCAGGAGUAAAGAGAAUAGGAAAGCAAGAGUUAAAAGAGGGAAAUAUUGAUGUGAACACUAAGUACUCUCCAUAUGUAACCUCAAACCUCACCUAUUCUUCAGAAGACUUCCAAAGACUGGUGGACCUCUCUCACUACAACAUUGUCAACAACAAAAAAACCAUUAUAAAUGCACUAAAGAAAGCUUUAAACAAAAAGGGGGCUUGUUAG